ACUGCGCGGCUACUUGUUUUUUUCCUAGCGCAGAUCCCGCCAGUUCACACGUUCAUAGCCAAGAAUCACACCCAGGCAUUUGUGAGCUCCAAGCACAUGAGCCAACGCAGGUGGGUGCGCUAGCUAGGGAAACCAUUGCAGGGGCAAGCAAUGGGCGAGCAGAGCCGCGAGGAGGAGGAUCUCGCGAGUGAGAAAGACUCGACAAAGGAUGAUGCCCUGAACGAGGGUGAGAUCUUGGCGCGGUUGCUGGGGAUCUUGGGGCAGUGCCCCAGCCAGUCCAUGCCGCUUGUGGAGAUCUUGGAGAAGAUGCCCGGGCAGCUGCGGAACCGCGCAGACGACAGCGUGUGCCGCUGGCUGCAGGGCUUCCCUGGCGUGCUGGAGGUCUCAGGGCCCAAGGGCCAGGAGACGGUGAUGCUCACCGUGGGCAAACUCGGCCCCGGCCCCGGCCCCGGCCCCGGCCCCGGCGGCCCUGGCCUUGCCGGUGUCGCCGCCCCCAGCCCCGGGCCUACGGCCGGCCCCGGCCAAGCCGCUGUCAGCACCGGUCCGGCUUUGCCAGGUCCAGUGCCGACAGGGUCCGCAGAUGAGAAACCCGAGAAAAACAACGUGGUGGGUGAUGAGGACAGUUCCAACCCAUCCUCCGUGCAGCUGCGUGGCCUUCCUUUCCGAGCAACCAUUGAGGAUGUCCAGCGCUUCCUUGGAGAGCAUGCUCAGAACCUCAGUUCUGAGAAGAAUCCCAACAUUUGCCUGCUCUCAAAUCGUGAUGGACGACCAUCUGGCUUCGCACGUGUUUUCUUCGUGUCUCCACAGGCAGCCCACAAGUGCAGGGAUUCCUUGCACAAGAAGCAGAUGGGAGAACGCUACAUUGAGGUGCUGGCCUACGACCGCCACGGGAAAAAUCGGAAAAAAGAAGAGAGUGCAAGAGAGCAACAGAUCAGUGCGCCUCUGGAUGCUGCAACAGAACAAGCUGAACGGCAACGGGUUCUGAAGGAGUGCAGAGGGCACAUGAGUGUGCGUGGCCAACAGCAAAUUCUGCUCAGCAUGCUGGGCAUUGCGCUCUCAGAGGAGGCGAGGGCCUACCUUCGCAGAGCGAAUCUGGGCUUGAAGCAUUUCCUCGCAUGCUUCCCCCAUGAGUUUCGGGUCGAAGGGCCCAAAGGAAUGGAGGCAGUAUGCUGGCUGAGCGCCGAGGACAUGACCUGGACCAUGACCAUCCCAGAAAAUGUGCCCUCUACCCCAGACGCUCGGCUUAUGUCACCUGGCGCCAAGUCUCCACCAUCCCAGUUCAUCUCCACUCCCAGCGUGUGGGCGUCACCUCAAGCUCCUCCCAUGCACAUGGAUUUCAUGGCGAGCUGGUCGAGCAUGUCGAGCUACGGCUUCCCCCAGUUCCCUACAUGGCCAACUUGGGAGGGCCCAAGCCGGCCGCUCAAGAAGCCGAAGCCGACGGAUGCACCUGUGUCCCGCAGUCACGCGCAUUUGCAUCCCCAAAGCCAUCCCUUUGCCAACCGAGAGGACGAGGAGGAGAGUGACAAGACGGGGGUUGCUGCCCUCAGGCUCAGAGGUUUGCCCUUCAGCGUCACGGUCCAAGACGUUUUGACCUUCUUCGCACAGCACAACGUAGCUGACACCAUCUACGAUGGCCCGCACUCAGCCCAGCUGUUGCCCAAGGCCAACGGCCGACCUUCGGGGCAAGCCGUGGUGCAGAUGCGCAGCCGCAAGGAUGCGGAGACGGCGCAGAAGGCCUUGAACCACCAAUACGUGGGGGGGCGCUACAUCGAGGUUUUCGUGUACGGGGACUCGGAGGGCAUGAUUGAGAACGACAUCGAGGCUUGGCCCAGCAGCUACGCGAGCUCUGCGCCCUGGGCCUUGUCCUGGCCGACAGAGGAGAAAGAGGGCUGGGAUGCCCUCAUGCAGGCCAUGCCAGCCAUGCCAGCCAUGCCAGCCAUGCCCAUGCCAGGCAUGCCAGGCAUGCCGGCCAUGCCCAACUUCCCCUUCCCGGCGCCCUACACCGCUGAGGGAUCCACAAGGCAAACUUUACAAGUCUGAGAGCACCGGCUUGAGGCCGGGGCCGGGAGUUCAGCGAAGGCCGUAAUUCAUUGACCGUCGAAACAAGAGAGAACCUGAGAACAAGUCGAGCAAAAUCGAGCAGAAAACAGAAACAGAGUCUCACAGAUCAAACAUGAUGAACAUACCAACUGUGUCCGGAUUGUUGCGGGCCAUUGCUUCCAUCGGCCGCGUUGAGCCUGGGCAGCAAUUUUGUGUCCCUCGUGAGCGGUCUAGAAUCUAGAGUCUAGCAAUGCUUGGAAUGCCAGACGCCAAAUGGAACUGUGGAGAUUUCAAGAGCGGGG